GGCGCAUGCGCAGCCCGUGUUAGUGAUGGAGGAGAGAAGAUGGCGGAAGCGGAAUUCAAGGACCACAGUACAGCUAUGGAUAGUGAAGCAAACCCUGGCACAUCUUCUGUGUCGACAACAGCCAGUAGUACCACCACCACAACUAUUACCACUUCCUCCUCUCGAAUGCAGCAGCCACAGAUCUCUGUCUACAGUGGCUCAGACCGACAUGCUGUACAGGUGAUUCAGCAGGCAUUGCAUCGCCCCCCCAGCUCUGCUGCUCAGUACCUUCAGCAGAUGUACGCUGCUCAGCAGCAGCACUUGAUGCUACACACCGCAGCCCUCCAGCAGCAGCACUUAAGCAGCUCCCAGCUUCAGAGCCUUGCUGCAGUUCAGGCAAGUUUGUCCAGUGGAAGACCAUCUACAUCCCCCACAGGAAGUGUCACACAACAGUCAAGUAUGUCCCAGACAUCUAUCAACCUCUCCACUUCUCCUACACCUGCACAGUUAAUAAGCCGUUCCCAGGCUUCCAGUUCUACCAGCGGCAGUAUUACCCAACAGACUAUGUUACUAGGGAGUACCUCCCCUACCCUAACGGCAAGCCAAGCUCAAAUGUAUCUCCGAGCUCAAAUGCUGAUUUUCACACCCGCUACCACUGUGGCUGCUGUACAGUCUGACAUUCCUGUUGUCUCGUCGUCAUCGUCAUCUUCCUGUCAGUCUGCAGCUACUCAGGUGAAAGAAUUUAACUUACGCAGCCAGAAGUUGGGUGUAUUAUCUAGCUCACAGAACGGUCCGCCAAAAAGCACUAGUCAAACUCAGUCAUUGACAAUUUGUCAUAACAAAACAACAGUGACCAGUUCUAAAAUCAGCCAACGAGAUCCUUCUCCAGGUAAUAAGAAAGGAGAAAGUCCAAGUCUGGAAUCACGCAGCACAGCUGUCACUCGGACAUCAAGUAUUCACCAGUUAAUAGCACCAGCUUCAUAUCCUCCAAUUCAGCCUCAUCCUCUAAUAAAACAUCAGCAGAUUCCUCUUCAUUCACCUCCCAAGGUUUCCCAUCAUCAGCUGAUAUUGCAACAGCAGCAACAGCAAAUUCAGCCAAUCACACUUCAGAAUCCAACUCAAGACCCACCCCCAUCCCAGCACUGUAUGCCACUCCAAAACCAUGGCCUUCCUCCAGCACCUACUAAUGCCCAGUCACAGCAUUGUUCACCAAUUCAGAGCCAUCCCCCUUCUUUAACAAUGUCUCCUAGCCAGUCACAGUCAGCACAGCAGUCUGUAGUGGUGUCUCCUCCACCACCUCAUUCACCAAGUCAGUCUCCUACUAUAAUUAUUCAUCCACAAGCACUUAUUCAGCCACACCCUCUUGUGUCAUCAGCUCUCCAGCCAGGGUCAAACCUGCAGCAGUCCACUGCUAAUCAGGUGCAACCUACAGCACAGCUGAAUCUUCCAUCCCAUCUUCCACUUCCAGCUUCCCCUGUCGUACACAUUGGCCCAGUUCAGCAGUCUGCUUUGGUGUCCCCAGGUCAGCAGAUUGUGUCUCCAACAUCACACCAGCCAUAUUCAACCCUGCAGUCCUCUCCAAUCCCAAUUGCAACCCCUCCACAGAUGUCAACAUCUCCUCCAGCUCAGAUUCCACCACUGCCCUUGCAGUCUAUGCAGUCUUUACAAGUGCAGCCUGAAAUUCUAUCCCAGGGCCAGGUUUUGGUGCAGAAUGCUUUGGUGUCAGAAGAGGAGCUUCCAGCUGCAGAAGCUUUGGUCCAGUUGCCAUUUCAGACUCUUCCUCCUCCACAGACUGUUGCGGUAAACCUACAAGUACAACCACCAGCACCUGUUGAUCCACCAGUGGUUUAUCAAGUAGAAGAUAUGUGUGAAGAAGAAAUGCCAGAAGAGUCAGAUGAAUGUGUUCGGAUGGACAGAACGCCACCACCACCCACACUGUCUCCAGCAGCUAUAACUGUGGGGAGAGAAGAUUUGACUUCUGAACAUCCUUUGUUAGAGCAAGUGGAAUUACCUGCUGUGGCAUCAGUCAGUGCUUCAGUAAUUAAAUCUCCAUCAGAUCCUUCACAUGUUUCUGUUCCUCCACCUCCACUCUUACUUCCAGCUGCUACCACAAGGAGUAAUAGUACUUCUGUACCCAGCAGCAUUCCCAGUAGAAACAAACCUCCACAGGCUAUUGUUAAACCACAGAUUUUAACGCAUGUUAUUGAAGGCUUUGUGAUUCAGGAGGGAUUGGAGCCAUUUCCUGUGAGCCGUUCGUCUUUGCUAAUAGAACAGCCUGUGAAAAAAAGGCCUUUGGAUAAUCAGGUGAUAAACUCUGUGUGUGUUCAGCCAGAGCUACAGAAUAAUACAAAGCAUGGAGAUAAUUCAUCUGACACAGAAAUGGAAGACAUGAUUGCUGAAGAGACAUUAGAAGAAAUGGACAGUGAGUUGCUCAAGUGUGAAUUCUGUGGGAAGAUGGGAUAUGCUAAUGAAUUUCUUCGGUCAAAACGAUUCUGUACUAUGUCCUGUGCCAAAAGGUACAAUGUUAGCUGUUCUAAAAAAUUUGCACUUAGUCGUUGGAAUCGUAAGCCUGAUAAUCAGAGUCUUGGGCAUCGUGGCCGUCGUCCAAGUGGCCCUGAUGGGGCAGCAAGAGAACAUAUCCUUAGGCAGCUUCCAAUUACUUAUCCAUCUGCAGAAGAAGACUUGGCUUCUCAUGAAGAUUCUGUUCCAUCUGCUAUGACAACACGCCUGCGCAGGCAGAGUGAGCGGGAAAGAGAACGUGAGCUCCGGGAUGUGAGAAUUAGGAAAAUGCCUGAGAACAGUGAUUUGCUACCAGUUGCACAAACAGAGCCAUCUAUAUGGACAGUUGAUGAUGUCUGGGCCUUCAUCCAUUCUUUGCCUGGCUGCCAAGAUAUCGCAGAUGAAUUCAGAGCACAGGAGAUUGAUGGACAGGCCCUUCUUUUGCUAAAAGAAGACCAUCUUAUGAGUGCAAUGAAUAUCAAACUAGGCCCGGCCCUAAAGAUCUGUGCACGCAUCAACUCUCUGAAGGAAUCUUAACAGGAUCAUGAAGCUGUGAGAAAACAGCAGUUUUACUCUUCUUAAACAAACUUGUAAGGUAAAGGCUCAAGCUGGCCUAGAAUGUUAUCAUAUAUUGUGGUGGAUAACCAAGCACAUUGGGAUCUCCACAUCAAAAGCUGAUAUUUCUUCUACAGAUACAGUAAUUCAUCAUACAUUUUCUUAAUUAGCCAACAUUGGUAAAGUUAAUUUUACAGGUUACAUGCAACAUUGAAAGACUUGAUAUAGAGGGCCAUGAUAUUUUUCAAAGAAAUGUGUUAUACUAGAUAAUUUUUUAAAGGUGAUGUUUAUCGUUAAUAUAAAGAAUCCUUUUAAAAGUAAUUUAAUGAUUUACAUUUUUCCUCUUUUGAUUCGGUUUUCUUACACAUUUUUCUACCCUGUAAGUUUUCUAUAGGUUGUCAUGAGAGAUAUAAUUUAGGAGUAAUUUAGGAAUAGUUUAGUAGGAGUCCAGUGACUGGAAUUGUAUGCAACGAGAUAUCAGUUGUACAUUUUAAGAAACAUGUCUGUCAGACAAUUGCUUUGUCUAUAAAAAGGAUUGCAUUCUAGCAUGAAUAAUACUAAUCUGGAAGUCAGAAGAGUUGGUUUCUAUUCCAAACUUGCCCAAGAAUUUGAUGUGGCUGAGAAAGUUAGUUUUCUUCUUAGUUUUUGUACAUUUAGAGCAGUGGUUCUCAACAGAGGUCAGUUUUGCUCCCCAGGGGAUAUUUGACAAUGCCUAGGGACAUUUUGGUUGUCAUAGCUUGGAGGGGUUGGGGAGGGUUGUUAUUGGCAUCUGGGUCAUGGAGGACAGGGAUGUUGCUAAAUAUCCCACAGUGCACAAGACAGUCCUCCAAAACAAAGAUUCAUCAAGUCCAAAAUGUCAAGUAGUGUCAGGGUUCAGAAACCCUGAUGUAGGAGUGAUAAGUGUUGCUCUUUUUUACCCAGAGGGUUAGUUUGAAAAGAUGAGACAUAAUAAGGAAUACAUUAUACAAUGGAAGUAUUUCAGACAGCAUUAAUGUUCUGCAGAAGUAUUUUUGCCAGUUUUAUGCAUACUAGAAAAAGGGAAAAUCCACUAAAUUGACCUAUAAAACUAAAAUCCACUAAAUUGACCUGUAAAGUAAGGACUAGCAUACAAAUAAUUUGAGUCUCAGAAAGUACGAAUUCAUAUUCUCUUUCAUAGAGCGGCAGAGAGCUGCUCCUCUGCACUGAUGAAGGCAUAAUAUCAUUAUACCUUAUGAACCAGUGCAUAGCCUUUGCUGGCAAGACAGUAGUUUUGUGGAUAUGUGUUUGGUCUUUGGAUUUUUUCUAAUGUUGAACAUGCUGGGUCUAGCUAGAAUGCACAUUCCUUUUUCCUUGACUAAACCUUUGCAUGCUUCCUACAAAGCUCCCACCAACUAGUAUCUCUUGGAUUAUCACAUAUAAUUUUGUAUGUACAUGUUUUACAGAAAAAACAUUUUAAAACAAAUUUUUCACUGAACAGUUAGUGUUCUAUCAGAAUUAUGACAUUAAAACAAAAUUGUUGUGGGAGCCCUGAGAGCCUUAUUGUCGGGAAAUAAAAAAUUUGCUUUAAUCCUUUUUAUCUUUACCAUACGAUGGAAAUGUUUUAAAAUAGAAGGAACAUACACAGAUAUUUGGCAGACGUUCAGUAAGUGGGGAAGAGUCCAUGGGUUUCAGUCAUUGUCACUGCUCUUUUCAAAAAGAUUGUGUUGAGCUAGUAGAAGACUAAAGAUGUCAUCAAGGACAUCACAGAUAUUUAUCUUUUGGCUUUGUGUACAUUAGAGAAUGUUGAUUAUUUUAUACAAAAAUACAGCGGGUAAUUUUUUUAAUCUUUAGAUGCCUCUUGUUUGAAUGUAUGCUUUGUGGGAUUCUUUUGUGUAGUAAUGUUUAAAAAAAAAAAGAUGUUUACUGAUAGUUAUGUGUAGGAUUAGAAUGUGUAAUAUAGUGUAAGGCUCAAGUUCCAGACCUACAAUAGCUUGUAGUCUAUGUUACAUAUUUCUUUAUAUCACAUUGUUAAUUAUUGGAUUAAAGUUUCAAGGAAAGGUAGGAACUCUAUAGUCAGUUUUCAUUAUUAGCAGUUAAUCAUUAUGACAGUUGUCAUAUCCUUGGCUUUUCCCCCUCAUCUUGCCGUUUCAGAACACAGGAAUCGGCUAAGCAUUAAUAGGAUGCUCCACUGUGUGCGGGGCGGGUGAGGAGCACACAGGGAAGUCUCCCGUGGAAUUAAAACUUUAUCAUAGAUAAUCCACAAGCAACUGAUUUCGGGGUAGACUCCCUUAGCAAUAAUGGGUACCUCCCAUAACUAAAUUAUCUGUAUAGCCUUUAAGGUAUUAGAACUAUGUUACAGGUUCUCCUUUUCUUUACUGUCUCUUUUAAUAUCAGUCAUUAUAUACUGAUUGAAAGCCCUCGUGCCUAGCACCAUGUUAAUAUCCAAGAAAGCUUACCAGAAGGGGGAUUUCCAUUGAGAGCACCUUAUAAUCUUAAAUCUUGUAGUAAUCUUAAGAGUAGUCCAGAUCUCUUGACCUCACUCAAAACAUACCCAGAAAAUAUACUUGCUUCUUUCAGCUGAGCUAUUUUGUUUAGAAAUGGCCUAUUUGCUUUCAACUGGUAGUUUUCCCUAUUGAUGCAACUGUUUUUUUUUUUUUUCUAGAGGAUUUAAUCUUAAAAAUCAAAGCUUCAGUUAAAUAUGAAUAUAGAUGAUAACACUGGAUGUCCAUUUCUCUUCUAAGUUCUAAGCACAGUUCUGGUAUGAUACAGGUGGGGAGAGUAUUAUUUUGUUUCCAUCAUGCUACUAAAUUGUUUUAGGAUUUCAUUGAUGAGAAGGAAUGACAGAGAACAUGGGAAGUUCCUCCUGUUUUUGCUAAGUGUACAUUUUGACUUUAAACUGAUGCACUCUUUUCCCUUUGAGGGAAGUAAAAAAAACCUACAAGUUUCAAAUUUUAUUUACUUUAAGCCAUGUGUUCCUAAGAAAAUAAAGUGAGAGAGUUGGUUUGUAGAUGUUUUUGCAUGACAUGGAUUCUCAUCAAGCCUAGUGUAGUAGGCAUGUGUCUGACAGGCUCUGCACCUUUGAUGUAAUCAUUGUCAUAUAAGGCAGAGUACUGUCCCAAAACCUGUCACUUUUUGAGUGGCAUAUAACUUUCCAGGAUGGUACUUUUGAUUUGCUGUGGCAUCGCUAAACAGACAUUUUCCUUAGUCUCAGUUUAAGGGCUGUCAUGUAGGAGUAGAGAAGAUAGAAUGAGGGGAAGACAUGUUAGUGAAGAGGCAUGAGAAUGGGAAAGAGGCAGACAAGAGACCUGCCACUUUGCUUGUCCCACUUCAACACUGAACAAAUUUCUGCACUUUUGACGUUAAUAUUCAUGAUUUACCUUAAGUAGAAAUGAUUUUUUUUAGAUAGCCCAUUGUUUGUUUUUGUUUCCUAGUGUGUUGAAACACUUCCUUAGAACUGUCUGAAGUAUUGCUGUGCCCAUACCUUUGAAUAAUUUUUGUGUGAAAUUAUAGACAUUUAUUCAAAUACCGGUCCUAGGCUGAAAUCUGUCACAGCAUCCCCUAUCACUGACUUGUUCAAUUAAAUGUUAUAGAGUCCCA